CCAAGCUCUCUGGCAAUCACAAACCUCGCUGGAAUAUCUUUUCAUAGCUGGGUUUUCGAUAAUAAAGCCCUACCAAUAUGGCAAACUCACCAUCUGAAGCCCUUGCAGCACUUCAGCAGCUGGAGGAGAAUGGCAAUUUGAAGGACCGACUCGCGAUUAUUCGCAUCAGCGAGCCAAUUUCCACCGAAGUUGGGGGAUCUUACCCGUCUCCUUCAAAACGAAACUCUGAUGUUUCCGUCUCAAAUUUCGACGAUCCUACUCCUGCCUCGUUGGAGGCUGAUCUUUCGCAUUACAAGGAACUAUUCUCCAAGCUACGAUUCUCUUAUCUCGAGCAAGUAACGAAAGAAAAGUUCUUGCGCGCUAUUGUUGGCGACCCGCCUGUGAUUGUCGGACACAACGAGAACAUGGAACUGGAGACGCAACUAGCGGACGUGAAAGCCGAGCUCAAGGCGCGGAAAGAAGACGCACGGAUUAUGAUUGAGGAAAUGGAGCUAAUGGGCCGUGACUUGGCAAGCCGUUACAAGAAUGUCGAGCUUCAAACAGCACAGCUCUCAACUCUGCCCGCUUCAAUCGAGAAUCUCGAGUCAACUAUCGCCGACCUCCGCGCCAAGCAGAUGGCCACCAUGGAUCCUUCCGAUCCUAUCAAUACUUCCUCCUCACAGAAUCUUCCUCUUCCCGCGACCUUGGCACUGUUGGCGGAACGUGAGGCAGAACUGGCAGCGUUGAACCGCCAACUGGCUGCUGUGCACAACACAUUGCCUCGGAAGACCCGAGAGGCCGAGGCAGUAGAGAGAGAGCGCAGUGUCCUUGAGCGACGGAAGUCAGAUGCGAUCGCGCAAGCCCGUGAAGCCCAACGCAAGAAGCAGCAGGGUGAAAGUGAUGGAUUAGAAGAGAUGGGUCGUUGGUACAGGGGGGCAGAAGAGACCUUGAAAGAACUGGUGGGGACCCAGACAUGAUAGUCUGCAGGCCAAGCCUAGGCUUGUGUAUGAUGACACGAGAGACGAACGAUUGAGCUUAUCUUAGGUGGGUGGGGAUCGGGGAAUGGCGUUUAGGAUCUACUGUACAUAUAUGGGUCCCAUGGAUAUCACUAUUUUAGAUUACGGAAGCAUGGG